AUGUCUCUUGAACACUGCAAACGCAAACGCGCUAAUAUAAAACGCAAUAUAUCACGUAUUAAAUCUAUAGUUGAGGGAUCAAAAGACUUUGAUGAAAAGCCUUCACAUGCAGAAUUACAAUGCCGACUGGGAAUACUAGAGUCUUACUUUAAGCAAGCACUCUCAGUUCAAGCUGACAUUGAAGAUUUGGAUCCAUCAGACACAGGUCGCGCAGAUUUAGAGGAUAGCUAUGUUACAACCAAACUUUGUAUUCAAGCACAACUUGGGGACGAAGGGAAUAUUACAAUUAAUUACCCCGAGACAACUGUUCCAACUCCUGUUUCCACGCCAUCAUUCUUGCCAAGGUUGUCGCUGCCUACUUUUAGCGGAAACUAUGCAGAAUACAAAAACUUUAUUGCAUCUUUUACUCAACUUGUCGCUCGGGAAUCUAGGCUUUCAAAUAUAGAACGAUUUAAUUAUUUGUUGUCGUGUCUUAAAGGUUCAGCCCUGGAAACCGUAAGAGCCUUCCAGGUCACCAGCGAAAACUAUCCGAAAGCUUUAGACAGACUCAGGGAACGCUUCGAUAAUCCCACUUUGAUUUUUUUGGAAGGAAUUGCUUCCUUAUUCACGCUGCAAACCGCCGAUAAAUCAAACUAUCAACAGUUGCGUAGUUUGAUUGAUAAGGCUUCAGCUAUAUUCAGUUCGUUAGAAUCAUUGGGCACGAGCUCCAAUAUCGCACAAGCAAUGCUGAUUUACAUUGUUAUUGGAAAAUGUGAUCAGCAAACUCGCAACAAGUGGAACGAAUCGCUAGACUACAAAUCGCUUCCAACUUGGCUACAAUGCACCCAAGUCUUAGAACGCCAUUGUCAGUUUUUGCAUUCUUCCGACUCCUCGUUACACCAUAAGUUCGAGUCCACCAAACCAAUUCGGAUUACUACGCGUGGACAAAACUCAUCAUUCGCCAUCACUAAGCCUUCUUGUGUUCUUUGCUCUAGCGAUAAACACAAAAUUAUUGGGUGUUCUCAAUUCAAGGACAUGAACACGAAUCAACGCUACGAUGCCGCCAAGAAAUACGACCUUUGUAUCAAUUGUCUAAGUAAUGGUCACAGAGUAGCUCAGUGUGCGUCGAAGCAUCGCUGCCGCUCCUGUAACAAAACGCAUCAUACUCUCUUGCAUCAUGACAAUGCGACUCUGCCUACACUUGCAAGUCCAACAUCUCUUCCUGUCUCGCAGUCGUUUCAACCAUCAUCAUCAUAUUCAACCAAACCUCAUACAUACAACCAACUAGCAGCCACGCAUUCGCAUAUGGAGACAUCGGAUCACGGGCAGAUCAUUCUAGCAACAGCUUUAGUUCAAGUUAAAGAUUCAAUGGGUACCUACAGGCUUGGAAGAGCUCUUCUCGACUCAUGUUCUCAAGUGAAUUUCAUGACUGAUGAGUUCGCACAAAGGCUUCACCUUCGUCGAGAAAAGUAUCACAUUGGCAUUCGCAGCAUAGGUGAUUCAGUUACCAAUCUCAAAGCUCGAACCACCACAACAAUUAAGUCACGAACAUCAGCAUUUCAACUUUCGCUCCAGUUUGGUAUCACACCUCAUAUUGCAUACCAACCUGACGCUGAAAUUGACACAGUAAACUGGAACUUGCCAGCCAACACAACUUUGGCUGACGAAACCUUCUUCAAACCUCGACGCAUCGAUCUGUUACUUGGAACAGAGGCAUUUUUUGAAGCUCUCGCUGUUGGUCAAAUAAAACUUGGCCAAAAUUUACCUACAUUGCAAAAAACAUUAUUUGGCUGGGUAGUUUCUGGAAGAUACCAGUCGAAGCACUAUACGCCUUCAAAGUCAUGUCUACUAUUUCGCGAAGAAUCUAUUGACGCAAACAUGCAACGCCUUUGGGAGCUCGAAACCGUCGACUGGAAACCCAACCCUAUUUCGCCUGAUCAUCGCAAUUGUGAACGUCAUUUUAUAGCCACAACACAUCAAGAUACUACUGGACGCAUAAUUGUGAGGCUGCCAUUUAAGGACAAUCCCGCUGCACUUGGAGCCUCAUUCGACAUCGCUCGUCGCCGAUUCCUAGCAAUCGAACGCCGUCUUUCGCAUUCGCCAGACACUUAUUCCCAGUACGUCUCGUUCAUGGAAGAAUACGAACGUCUUGGUCACAUGUCUGUAGUUAAAGCACCGAAAUUAGAUGAACCACACUAUUACAUACCACAUCACUGUGUACUGAAACCUACAAGCGCAUCGACAAAGUUACGAGUAGUGUUCGACGCCUCUUGCCAAACUACGACACAGACAUCGCUAAAUGAUUUACUUUUAGUUGGACCAACCAUCCAAGCAGAGCUGUACAUGUUGCUACUGCGCUUCCGUUUGUAUCGUUACGCUAUCACCGCAGAUGUCACUAAAAUGUACAGGCAAGUAUCCUUGAAUAAAAAUGAUCGUAAAUUUCAUUACAUUCUUUGGCGAGCUUCUGCAGACGCAGAUCUUCUCACAUACCAGCUCAACACUGUGACAUAUGGUACCGCCUCAGCUCCAUAUCUAGCAGUGCGAAGCCUUCACUACUUAGCAGAUAAGCAUAUGGCAGAAUUUCCAAUUGGCGCUGCGGCUGUAAAGACUUCGUUCUAUGUUGAUGAUUUUCUAUGUGGUGCGGACGACACAGAUGCCUUACACAGAUUAAAGGAAGAAGUUAUUGAGAUACUUCAACGCGGACAGUUUCCUCUGUCCAAGUGGCAUUCCAAUCACCCAGAUUUCAUGGAAAGCCAAACUAUGAAAGAGCUAAGCAUUACUGACGAUUUCACAUCAAGCGCACUUGGGGUGACUUGGAAUCAACGCAACGACACGUUGUUGUUUUCAUUCACACCAAAGCAAGUUCACAAGUCUGUCACAAAACGCACAAUAUUGUCUAUCGCUUCAUCGCUGUUCGAUCCACUUGGAGUGCUCUCACCACUCGUGAUAACUUCAAAAAUCAUUAUGCAGGAAUUGUGGCUACUAAAAUUAGAUUGGGACGAGUCGGUUCCCCAACAUAUACAACAAGCCUGGAAUUGUUGUUUAGCAUCUCUUAACUCGCUUUCAUCACUCAGCCUGCCUCGGUAUUGUCUGCUACCAAAUGCUCGCGACAUACAGUUACAUGGAUUUUGCGACGCAUCAAUUCGGGCAUACGGAUCGGCGAUUUACAUACGCACAGAAGACUCCGACGGACAGGUUGUUGUACAUUUACUUACGUCGAAAUCAAGGGUCGCACCAGUAAAAAGGCAGUCUCUUCCAAAACUCGAACUUUGCGGUGCCCACCUUCUCGCUUGCCUGUAUGCUAAAAUAAAGGACAUAUUCUCUAUUGUUCGCAUAACUACUUUCUUUUGGACUGACUCGCAACUAGUUCUACAUUGGGUAAAACAACACUCUGUUACGCUGUCAACGUUCGUAGGCAACAGGGUAUCUGACAUACAGGAAAUGACUGCAGGUGGACAAUGGAGGUAUGUGCCUUCCAAAGAGAAUCCAGCCGACCUAGUAUCUCGAGGCUGCCCUGCUGCUGAGCUCAAAUCUUCGAUAUGGUUUUCUGGUCCUCACUUUUUGCAAGAAAACGCAAUGAAAUGGCCAAGGCACACAGGCAAUAUUGAGCUUGAUAUGGAUAUUGUGAACAGAGAGAAACGCAAGAAGACAUUUGCUGUAGUUAAGCAGGUAAAUUACUUGAUCGAUCUCAUUGAUGGUAUAAGCUCGUAUCUCCAUUGUCUGCGUCUCAUCGCCUGGCUCUUUCGGUUCAGUGAUAAAUGCAGACGAAAGCCUACGACAGACACCAUUUCGCCAUCCCCUGACGAAUUACGACGUGCAUCAUAUUGCAUUAUCUUCAAUAUUCAGCAACAACACUUUUCAAACGAUAUUCAAUUGCUUCGAAAAAACCAAGCUCUAAAAAGUAACUUGAAGUUUCUCACACCAUUUUUGGACAACGUAACCGGUUUUGAACUCAUAAAAGUUGGUGGACGUCUAGAUUAUGCAGAUUUACCCAACUCGCAGAAACAUCCUAUUCUACUACCCAGCGAUUCCCAAUUUGUACUAAAGGCACCUCACUUCGGCGGCCUCUGGGAAGCUGCGGUAAAAAGCGCUAAGGGGUUAUUAAAUCGCACAUUGGCAAACACUAAAUUGACAUUCGAAGAGUUAAGCACCGUUGCUGUAGAAGUGGAAGCCAUUCUUAACUCACGUCCGCUUUCAUCAAUGUCAUCAGAUCCUAAUGACUUUGGUGCACUGACACCUGGUCAUUUUUUGGUCGGUGAUUCUUUGCGUGGCUUGCCUGAGCGCUCAUUGGAGCUGAAGACCGUUUCACACCUUGAUCGCUACAACACAAUCACUGCCAUCAAACAAAGUUUUUGGCGUCGCUGGUCUGUUGACUAUAUAAACGAACUACGAGCCCGUGUAAAGUGGACAACACCUUCACCUGAUCUCACUAAGGGUGAUUUAGUGAUCAUACAUGAUGACAAUCUCCCACCGCAACCUGCGCCCAAGAAGAAAGCAUCGGAGGAGCAUGUUGCUGCGCUAUUUGUUAAGGACACUGAUAAUGGUGAGCUGCGCUUCUUGACUGGCACCAGCAACGUCAACCAGUUGAUCACACAAGGACAGGAUUUUCUUGAACAGCUGCGCCCAAAUAGUGGCUCCAAUAAUAUUCAACCAAUUUAUAUAGAUUUGAAUGGCGCCGUUCAGACUACAUCACCGACUGUCACUACUAGUAGUACUGGUAGUGGUGGCAAUGGUGGUGCUGUAGGCGCUGUUGCUUCUAAUGCUUCACCAGUUGCGGAUCUAUUACCGCAAAUUGUGGGUCAGGCUGUUGCGGGCGGCAACACAUCUCCAACAACUACUACCUCAGGAGGAAGAAGGCGUCGCAUAAUAAGACGUGGUAACAAACGUCGUCAAGGCAAUCGCCGCCGUAAUCGCCGUCGCCCUGCUAAGAGAAAUCAGGGUGCCAAAGUUGUAGUAUUGCGACCACAACAGGGUUAA